UACUGAUUUUGAGUCAUUUGGGCCUGGAAAAACCAAAAAAGAACAAACAAGCGCAAAGUUUUCAUGUCUUGUCGGUCGCUCUCUCUACUCGACGCAAUUGCUUCUUCUGUUGUUUGAACAUGGAGUCUCAUCAUGCAUCUCUAGGCCGAAGAACGUUGGAAGAAAUUCGUCAAAAAAGAGCAGCAGAAAGAUUAAGCAAAGCUCCUUCUGUUGGAUCAGAUCUACCCACCUCCGUUCCUUAUGGUGGGUUGGUGAGAUCAGAAAGUGAAAUUCGAUUGUCUGAGGUUGAUAUUCAUGGUCUAGUAUCACAAAUUAAAGAACUUGAGAGGAAGAAUGCUGCCUUGGGUGAAGAAAAUAAGAACUUAGCUUCAAAGCUUCGCACAAAGGAAGAGGAGAAUGACGCAAUGCAGAGGCGUUUAAAUGAUUUGGAACAGAGCACCGUGCCAUCACUAAGGAAAGCCCUCAGGGAUGUUGCAAUGGAAAAAGAUGCUGCAAUUGUUGCAAGGGAGGAUCUCUCAACCCAGUUACGGUUGGCCAAGAAACGUCUAAAAGAGGCAGAAGAGGAACAAUACAGAACUGAGGAACAGGCAGAGGCGCUGAGAGCAGAAUUAAAUUCUCUACAGCAGCAGGCCAUGAUGAAUCCAACUGGUAUCAUCUCUCCUAUGGGUAGCUCACCAGAUCAUAUACAAGCGCUGGAAACAGAUAUAGCUAAUUUGAAAUCCGAGUUGCAGCAAGAGUCACUACUGAGGCAACAGGAACAGCAAAGGCUAGCAGAGGUUCAAGCGCAGAGCUCUAUACUUAUGGCUGAAAAGCAAGUGUUGGAUGAGAAACUAGAAGCUUUAACCAGAAAUGCCUCAGAAGCCUCAGAUGAAGCUGCUAGCAAGGCCUUCUCGCUGCAAGAAAAGGAGAAACUCGAAAGACAACUGCAUGAUAUGGCAGUGGUGGUUGAGAAACUUGAAAAUAGCCGUCAAAAGCUUUUAUUGGAGAUUGACUCACAAUCUUUGGAGAUAGAGAGGCUUUUUGAGGAAAAUUCUAAUCUUUCAACCUCCUACGAAGACGCAAUGGGAGUUGUGGGGCAGUGGGAAAACAAGGUGAAUGACUGCCUCAAACAGAAUGAGGAUCUUCGUGCACUGCUCGGACAGUUGAGAGCAGAACAGGCCAAUAAUCUGAUUUCAAAUGAAGCCUCAACAGCAUCUAGUUAUGGCCCUACAAAAUCUAGUGGCGAGGCACAGACAGCUGAAACUUUGUUGCUCAAGGCCCAACUUUCAAAUGAACAGAGCAGAGCAGAGGAACUAUCUGCAGAAGUCAUGAAGCUUUCAGCUCAGCUUCAACAAUCAGUUCAAGCAUACAACAGUCUUUCUCGCCUCUACAAGCCUGUACUUCGUAACAUCGAGAGCAGUCUCAUCAAGAUGAAGCAAGACGGUUCUGUAUCAGUCCAGUAAAUCAACCUUUACAAGAAAAAAAGUUGGAACUACCACACAAUUACUAUUAGCUGUGAAUUUAUUUCGUGUUCUAUGUAAAUUAUAACUUAGUUAAAAUCCUUUUUUUUUCUCAGAUUGACAAUUUGGGUUAACCCCGACUCAUAUGUUAUUCUCACAGAAACUGGGAAGCUAGUUGGGGGAUAAAGUUAUACAAACUGGUGUAGUUGUUGAACAAUGCAUUAUUAAUAGGUUACGUUGGAUGUGCUUCAUGUA